AUGCAGCACAUCUUGAGAGCAAAAAGCCGGCCAAGACGACCCAGAACGCCCACCUCCUCAUCUCUCUCUCCAAAAUCCAGCAGGCAUGAACCGCAACAGCCGCAAGAUGGACCUCUCAGGCUCCAAGCAUUGUAUUGCACUCCCCACAUCAAGGUUCCCGGCAAGCUAUUUGUGUCUCCGCUGCUGGUUACCUUUGUUCCAGACCCUGAUGACAAGCACGUCCAGGAGUUUGGAGGUGAACUCUACACAGUUACAUUGGAGGUGCAGGAUCUUUUGCAAUGUGGAGGCAUCACUAUGCCGCAGGAGGACGGCACUGACUUGGCCUAUUUCCUUCAGAUGGAGGUCAGGACGCUAAAUGGCCAGAUAUUCCGAACUCCAGAGGACCAGCAGGACCCAUGGUUCCUUGUCUUCCGUUUGCUGGACAAAGAGGACCUGCGUCAUGCAACUGCACUUCUUUUGGAGGCCAAGCAGGCCCAUCCUGGUCAUCAUGCAGGCUGGACACAGACAUCCGUGCCGUUUCCGUGUUUGGAUUGCAUGGCAGAGCUCGAGCAUGCGGUCCACCACCACCAGCUCCAGCAACAACUGGACAAGAAGAAGGACCGAUCGUCUUCUUCUUCUGCAGCUCGUUUGAUGGGAAGCUUUGCAAACUUCCUAUCAGGGCCGCGCGACUCCAAAGCCGCUGAUGCACAAGGACCUUCUCCAGCGAAACCCAGCGAAGUUGUGGAGGAAGCAGGCUGCCACGUUGACAAGGUGGUUUUUCAACUACCAGAAAACUGCCAACGGUCGGUGUUGAACAAAGACCUCGCGGAGGCAUUGUUGGACUAUCUUCCUGUUGGACUCCGACUCCCUGGCCUUGUUCAGUGGGUGCUCAGAUACACACCCAAGGCACACGGAGUUUCUUUAGCCACUAUGUUUCGAAACCUCGCUGAGCGAAAAAAGACCAUCAUCAUCAUUCAAGACACCGAGGACUACAUUUUUGGUGGUUUUGCAACUUCAGCUUGGGAGCCUUGUGGAAGGUUCUAUGGCUCUGGUGAGGCCUUUGUUUUCUCCUUCGGCAAGGCUUCAACUUCGGAGGUUGCUCUCGUUCAAUUCUUUCCAUGGUCUUCUGUCAACGAGUGCUGCAUGUAUGCAGACCAUAGUUUGUUUGGAAUGGGUGGCGGAGAAGGACGGCAUGCCUUUGUUGUGCAGGCUGAUUUGCUGCAGGGACAUUCAUCUCCAACUCCGACAUUCAAGAACUCCAUCCUGGCUGCAACUGAAGAGUUUGUAGUGCGUGAUAUUGAAGUGGGCACUCAUCAAGUCGUCAUUGAAGCUAUAUUCCAAAGGAACUUCAAUGUCACGCUAUGGGCUGAGAUCAUCUGA